AUGUUUGUUAUACCCCAUCCUCCAAAAGAUAUUCUGGAUUUGAGGAAUGUAAUGGAAAAAGCUGGUUACUCGGUCACGGACAUCUCUAUGCUAAACAUACCUCUUGCUUUGGCCACGGUCGCAUCUGCGAAAAAUUUGAAGUCCGAGAAAUCGGGAUUUCCUCCUUUGUCCCUCAAUGGAUCUGCAGUCCAUAUCAUUCAUUUGGAUGCCCCAAAGGAAUCGCUAGCAAAACUGGCGAUCCCGGUUACUACAACGAUCAUCGUAACCGGUAUCCCAAAGUCUGUCACCCUA